UAGGAGGCCCCUGGUGCGGUUUCCCUUUGCUCUCCCCUCUGCGGGCCCUGGCCGUACUUCAGCGGUGUCUAGAGCGUGGUCCGUUCUCGUCUACCUGCCUGACUUUCUGCAGAGGUAACUGUGGUUGGCCCAGUAGUCGGCUGUCGAAAGUGCCGGCCCCGGCGCCGGCGCCGGCUGCAGCCGGGUGGGAAGGCUCAAGAUGGCGUGCCUGUUGGAGACCCCAAUCCGCAUGAGCGUCCUUUCGGAAGUAACAGCUAGCAGUCGCCACUAUGUUGACAGGCUAUUUGACCCUGAUCCCCAGAAAGUUCUACAAGGUGUCAUAGACAUGAAAAAUGCUGUAAUUGGAAACAACAAGCAGAAAGCCAACCUCAUUGUUCUAGGAGCUGUUCCAAGAUUAUUGUACUUGCUUCAGCAAGAAACCUCAAGCACAGAGUUGAAAACUGAAUGUGCAGUGGUAUUGGGAAGUCUUGCUAUGGGUACUGAAAACAAUGUUAAGUCUCUACUCGAUUGCCAUAUUAUCCCUGCCUUACUGCAAGGACUACUGUCCCCAGACCUGAAGUUCAUUGAAGCUUGCCUCCGAUGCCUGCGCACCAUCUUCACCAGUCCCGUUACUCCAGAGGAACUACUGUAUACAGAUGCCACAGUGAUACCGCAUCUCAUGGCGCUGCUUAGCAGGUCCCGCUAUACCCAGGAGUACAUCUGUCAGAUCUUCUCACACUGCUGUAAAGGUCCAGAUCAUCAAACAAUUUUAUUUAAUCAUGGUGCAGUUCAGAAUAUUGCUCACCUACUAACCUCAGUAUCUUACAAAGUUCGAAUGCAGGCACUGAAAUGCUUCUCAGUUUUAGCUUUUGAAAACCCCCAGGUAUCGAUGACCCUGGUAAAUGUUUUGGUUGAUGGAGAAUUGUUACCACAAAUUUUUGUGAAGAUGUUACAGAGGGAUAAGCCCAUUGAAAUGCAGCUCACAUCAGCAAAAUGUCUAACUUACAUGUGUAGAGCUGGAGCAAUUCGGACAGAUGACAACUGUAUAGUAUUAAAGACAUUGCCUUGUUUGGUUCGAAUGUGCAGUAAGGAGAGGUUACUAGAGGAGAGAGUUGAAGGAGCUGAGACACUCGCCUAUCUGAUUGAACCAGAUGUUGAGCUACAGAGAAUUGCUAGCAUUACUGAUCACCUCAUUGCCAUGCUUGCUGAUUAUUUCAAGUAUCCCAGCUCUGUGAGUGCCAUCACUGAUAUUAAAAGGCUUGAUCAUGACUUAAAGCAUGCUCACGAACUUCGCCAGGCUGCAUUCAAGCUCUAUGCCUCUCUCGGAGCAAACGAUGAAGACAUCCGGAAGAAGAUCAUUGAGACUGAAAAUAUGAUGGACCGAAUUGUGACUGGCUUGUCUGAGUCUAGUGUCAAGGUGCGGUUAGCUGCCGUCAGAUGUUUGCACAGUUUAUCUAGAUCUGUGCAGCAGCUUCGAACCAGUUUCCAGGAUCACGCCGUGUGGAAACCUUUAAUGAAGGUUUUACAGAAUGCACCAGAUGAAAUCCUAGUAGUAGCGUCUUCCAUGUUAUGUAAUCUUCUUCUUGAAUUUUCUCCAAGCAAAGAGCCAAUUUUAGAAUCGGGAGCUGUAGAGCUACUUUGUGGAUUAACCCAAAGUGAAAAUCCUGCUUUACGAGUGAAUGGAAUUUGGGCUUUGAUGAAUAUGGCAUUUCAGGCUGAACAAAAAAUAAAAGCAGAUAUUUUACGAAGCUUGAGUACUGAACAGCUAUUCCGGUUAUUAUCAGAUUCAGAUUUGAAUGUGCUGAUGAAGACAUUGGGCCUUCUUAGAAAUCUCCUCUCUACUCGCCCACACAUAGAUAAAAUAAUGAGUACUCAUGGAAAGCAAAUUAUGCAAGCUGUCACCCUUAUUUUGGAAGGGGAACAUAACAUUGAGGUCAAAGAGCAGGGGUUGGCAAACUUUCUACAAAGGGCAAGACAGACACUGUGCAUCCUAGCCAACAUAGCAGAUGGGACAACGGCAAAAGAACUUAUUAUGACCAAUGAUGACAUCCUGCAGAAAAUCAAGUAUUACAUGGGUCAUUCACAUGUCAAAUUGCAGCUUGCUGCUAUGUUUUGUAUAUCAAACCUCAUAUGGAAUGAAGAGGAAGGCUCACAAGAACGCCAGGAUAAAUUACGAGACAUGGGCAUCGUAGAUAUUCUGCACAAACUGAGUCAGUCACCAGAUUCAAAUCUUUGUGACAAGGCAAAGAUGGCACUGCAGCAGUACCUGGCGUGAUGGGAACGCCCUGGGCGCCUGUGAGCAUCCCACAUCCUUGUUAAAGGAAGUACAGGAACUAGCCUCAUUUGAUUCCUUCUAUUUGCACAAGUCACCUUGGACUGCAGGGAGCUGUUUUGCAAAAGCAAUUUGGUAGGCUUAGAUCUCAAAUUCACCUUGAGAACAUUUUUUUUGAGGUAGUAAUUUCCUCAGAGGACUAUUGUGUUUUGUUUUGUUUCUUUCUGAGCUACCUGGACUCUUUAUUAGAACAAUCAAUUAUUUUCCUUUGGACCUACAAUUUUUUGCCUAUGCUGCAGCCACUUUGUGAGUGAGAAUGGCUCUGUGUGUGUGUGUGUGUGUGUGUGUGUGUGUGUGUGCGCGCACGCGCGCACGCACGUGCGUGCACGUGGGUCAGGAUGAAUGGACGUGUGUGUGUGAGGGAUACCUCAAAGUUUUCUUUUCUUAUUUUGUGUGAAAAUCUCUUUUCUACAGAUUUUCCAGGGUUUAAGCAUUGCUUGCUGUAUAAAAAUCUUUACUGAAUUAUAUACAGUUUGAAUGAAAUGUUAUUUUAAAAACAAAACGAUUGUUAAGUGUUCCAUAAAGGUUAUGUUGGAUUUUGGUCAGAUGAAUAUUUGUAAGUAAAAAAAUAUAUGCAUUUCUGAACCUCAACUUACAUAGAUUUUCUUUAUAAAAAACAAAAAAAGAAAAAAACAAAACGAAAAGUUUGGCUAUAGUUGGCCUGAAUAACAGGCACGAUAUAUGGUGCUGUGCAAAAUAGUAAGCUAGCAUCUUAUACUGCCGUCAAUAUCAGCAGG